CAAGCUGAUUGGAGCAAGACACUACUCACCCGGAGACGCUAGGGACUCUAGCGGCCACGGUACGCACACCGCAUCUAUCGCUGCUGGAAACGCAGUCCCGAACGCCAGCUUCUUUGAGCUCGGCUAUGGAACGAUGAGAGGCGCCGUUCCAGCCUCUAGAAUCGCCGCUUACAGAGUCUGCGCCGGAGAAUGUAGAGACGAUGUACUACUGUCUGCGUUCGAUGACGCUAUGGCGGACGGUGUUGACAUCAUCACCAUAUCUGUAGGUAGUAUUGAUGUGUACCCGUUGGAAGAAGACCCGAUCGCAAUCGGAGCUUUUCACGCUAUGUCCAGAGGGAUACUCACUGUGAACGCGGCUGGGAACACUGGUCCGAAUAUAGCCUCUGUCACGAGCGUAGCGCCGUGGAUGUUAACCGUUGCAGCCAGCACAACGAACCGUGUGUUUGUCACCAAAGUGGUUCUCGGCGAUGGCAAAACACUUGUCGGGAAAUCAGUGAAUGUUUUUGAUCUUAAAGGAAAGAAGUUCCCUCUGGUGUACGGAAAAUCUGCUGCUUUCUCUGCCUCCAAAGUCAAAUGCGCCGAGUAACUUCUUCCGCAAGAAAAACCAUUUGUGUAUAGAGUAUGACCUAGAAAUAGUUUUAAAUUUGUGAUUGGUGAUGCUGAAUUUUGGUUCUUCUUCUUC